AAUGCAACAGGUUCUUGGAGUUCUUGAAUUUCUACCUCUGCCGUACCAUUACCUGGUCGGAUACCUGAAUGGUUACGAGCGGUUCUAGUUGUUCAGACGGGCCGAUUUCUCGAAAAAAACAGACAGAAAAUGACAAUUCUAACAAGAUAGUGACUGAAUAACGUUUUUGAAAUAAUCGCGUGUGUUUUUUACGUAAUUAUCGUUUUUUCUUUUUGCUUUUUUAAAGUUGUGGUGAGUGUUGUUGAUUUCGGUUGCUUCCUUCGUAUAUAUACAGAAAGUGUUUCAAAAUGCCUUGUUCAGCUAUUACCCUUAGUUUAGCGACCAUAGCUUCAAUUAUAGCUGUAGCCUUGCUAGCCAUCGCUUUCGCAACGGACAACUGGGUUUACAUCGAAGUGAAACGGUCCAAUAUUCAGGAUUACUUAAGUAGCAACCCCAACGUUCAGAACGAAGCAUUGGUAGACAGCGUAAACACUAAGUAUUAUUAUUAUACGAGAACAAAAGGUCUUUUCCGGAUAUGUUUCCCGAAGGAAAGGCCUCCAACUGUGAAAACGUACCUGAGCCCUGUAGAAACUCACUGCACAAAUAUAAACUACUUCAUUCCUGAUGAAAAUAACGAAACGAAAGACUUUACUGAUGAUGCUUGGACAAGACUGCAUAUGGGUCGAUCUACUAUUGCUCUUUUCAUCCUGUCAUUUUUAACAGUCCUUGCAGCAUUUUUCACCGGGGUGACAGGAUGUUGGCGAAGGUCACCUAGUAAUAUUACGGCAACAGCGAUCCUGAUGUUACUUGCAUGUUUGCUGAGUGCGGGGGCCAUGGGUCUAUGGCAUGCAGUUGAAUUUUAUGAAAAAGAGAAGGUGGUAGGAGAAGAAUAUUAUCAACAAUGGAAUUCCGUGCUACGCGAAAACGCAAGGACAUUCUACGACUGGAGCUACGCGCUCGCGUGGGUCGGGGUGGGAUGGUCGUUGCUAGGGGCUGUUCUGUUCUCCGGAGCCGCCGUCUGUCUGAGAGGCGAACGGGAACGGGAGGAGGCCAUCAACAUGCAAUACUUGAUGCCCGUUUACCCCCAAAAGCAGCAGUACGCGUAUGCAGGAUACGCUGUACCCCCUCCACAGGCUUAUCCUGCUCCUUACUACACAACAGGCUCGACGUAUGGUCCAUACAAUUAUUAAAAAAAAUCCCCUUAACAAUGAUUAAGUAAUACUUUUAUUAAAUUUCUUCGGCUAUUUGACAGACUGAGUCGUUUUCGUUAAUACUCAUGAUCAGACAAUUUGAUUUAAAAACAUACACCUACACAGUAAAUUAAUUUAUAGAUUUUUGGAGUAAUUUUUUUUU